CUUAAUUCAAAAUGGCUGCUCAUGGAAGUCAACCUGUAGGGUAAAACUUGGAAAAUAGUGACUUCACAGGAUGCUUUACAAAUAAGAAAAAAACUGUGGUUCAUAAAGAUGGAUAGUGAAGACCCUGUUGUUCGUCCUAAGACUGGCCAGAAUGGGCGACCAUACAGUGUGUCGAAGGAUGAGGCAUAUGCACGCAUGUUACAAAGGGAAGAAGAUUCAUUAGCGAUAACAUCAGAUGAAGAUUUUGCAAGGCAACUCCAGGAUGAGCUGAACAUGGAAGAGCGAAGAAAGUUACGCGAAUCAGUGUCCAAUCGACCAGCGAUGAGGGCAAUGACCCCAAUAACACAGCUGUUCAGCUCUCUUGUCGGCACUAGAUGGAACACAGGCAUGGAUGAGGACAGUGACAACGAAAACAAUUCAGAGGAGAAUGACAACAGUGAUUCUGAUUCUACCAUAUCUGGUGCUACAGCGUCCACCACUAGUACCAACAGCACUGCGACCACGGCAAGAAGUUCAGAUCGCCGGGGAUCAAAUACAGCCACAUCACCGAGGUCGGGUGCCACUGCCAGAGGACGGAAUCGAGGUACCACUCGGUCAACAAGAGGCUUACAUGGAAUGCGACCAACAGAGACAGCAGUUACCGAGAGGCCAAUUGCAGGAUCAUCAAGAGGACGGGGAACAAAUCGUGGGACAAGUAGGGGUCGACGUGGUCAAGCAACAAGUAGAGGGGCCACAGCAUCUAGUAGAGGUAGUAGAAGUACCCAAGGGACCAGUACAGAAAAUGAAUCAACAGAAACUAGAAUCACUGGAAAUAGAAGGUCUAUACCAAAUAGCAUGGAACCUACAGCUCCCCCAUUGUCACUUGCCAUAAACCAGCCAGAGCUUCCAGAAGGAGAGAUGGAGCCGGAAAUAAUUCUUCUGGACAGGGGUGAAUCUGAUGAUCCAGACAACAGAUACGUGCGCAUAAUGCGAGACCCUAUGCUACUGUUAUUGUUCCUGAUGGGCAGAGCACCACAAAUGAUGGUGCCGGAUGAUGUGGAUGCCAGUGAUUAUGAGUCCCUGUGGCAGCUGGCAGAGGAACUUGGGGAGGUGAAGAGUCGUGGUCUAGGGAACAAGGAGCUGGGAUCCUUACCCUUGAGGCUGUACAAUAAACGAACAAAGGUUUCUGGGGAUGGGGAAAACCAGGCAGAGUGUCGAGUCUGUCUCAAUGGCUACUCCGCCGGGGAAAGUGUCUGCACACUACCCUGUAAGGGCAAACAUGAGUUUCAUAGAAAGUGUGUCAAAGAAUGGCUUAAGCGGAAUGCCUCCUGCCCUAUCUGCCGAUUUGAGUUGAAGAGUUAGCAUCAAGAUAAAGAUUUCAGGGUUGAGGGGAUCACUGUUGUAGUCAACACAGGAUAGUACUUUUUGUUACUAGGUUUGCCAAAAUUUAGAAACACAAUUUUUGAGUGAGUGUUGAAAUUUAACCAGUUGUCUACUGUAUAUAAUGAAAAAGGUGUAAAUUUAUACAAAUACAUGAAACAUGGUUUUUCGUUCAUAAUCUGAUGAUGAAGAUUUCCACAAACUUAAAUUGCCCUCUGUGGUUUGCCAUUUUUCUGUUGUCAAUCCUUAAACAGCUUCUCAAAUUAAUAUGCAUUUAUUAAGGGAGGCAAAUUUCAACUCCGCAUGUUUUUCACAAUUGAAAAUAUGUAUGUCAGUUUUUGUGAUAUAUAUAUAACUAAAGUGUUAUGAUUGUGCAUAUGUCAUACAAUACAUGUAUUUGAUACAAACCAGUUGUACUAUAAGCAAUGAUAUUGUUUCUAUCCAAGAAAACAUAUUUACAUUCUAAUUCUGAAGAGAAUUGUUUAUGGUAUUGUUUAUGAAAAACAGUUAUAUCAUUAGAUAUGGUAUAGCUUUUUAAAACUCACUGACUGACCUAACACUUUGUAAUUGUUAACAACGUAAAGAAUUUGUUUUGCUUUGUUUUAGACUGCAUACAGUUUAAACUUGUGUUUCAUUUGCCUCUGUAUUCAUAAGCCGUUUAAUGUUUUAAAACAUGUAGUAUGUAAAAAAUAUUACAUGUUGUUGUGUUCAUAUAUAUAAUAUAUAGAGUCCAUAUUUAUGUAUAUAUAUAUAUAUAUGACCUAUGUGUUACCUAUACUACAUAUUUUACAUGAAAAUAAUGAAAGAUUCUUGUUUAAAUGUUGGAGUAUUUGGUGAAUUGUUUUUCUCCUUUGUGAUAUCCACAGGAGAUGAACAUAGAUUUGUACAUGUCUGAUAACCUAUGUAAAAUCUCUCUUAAUACACGAACAUAUAGAUUUGUACAUGUCUAUAAUUAUUUACAUAAAACUCUCUCAAUACCUCAGAAUUAUUGUACAAGUAAAAUUUUCUUGAUGAAUACCAUAGAUAUUAUAGUAAAAAAGCUGCAUUUUGAGCAGGCCAUAAAGGUUAAUAUGUUUCCUUAUUACUUUCUACCUCCUAAGUUCUUGUUAGUACUCCUUUCAUUUUCCAAUAAAACUAGAUAAUGAACAACAGUCUCCUUUUUCCAGAUAGCAAUUGCAGCAUCAAGUCCCAAACAGAUCUUUCCUAUAUGUUAAGCCCAAGGGGGCCAAAUAACCUCUGUCUCCUCAGGGCCCGGUUAACUUUACUAAAUAGCAAGAUGAUAUGGUUAGGCUUAUUACCACAUAUACAUCAAGUUUUCUCCUAAUUGCAAUGCUUUUGUAUAGUAGUAGAAUUAUGGCAUUUUAGUUUUCUUGAUUUUAUAGACAGGAAUAAUUAAAGGCCAACAAAAAAUCACUCAACUAAUGCGUGACUGAUAUCACAGAAAAUGUCAGAAUUAAAGGGCAGCUGUUCUAUUAUUGUACUGUUAACAUACAUAUUUUUGUGCUCACAAGUUUUCAGGCAUAACAAAAAUUAACAAAAUAAAGCGGUGAUGAUUAGGUGACCAAUAUUUAGAACAAUAAAUGAAAACAGUCAUAAAAAUGUCAUAAUUUAGCAGAAUAUGCUUUCAGUGCAAAAUUAAAUCCAAUCAAUAAAGUCAUGGCUAUGAUAUGUAUGUUUACAGAAACAAUAUUGAUAAACUUACUGUAAUCCAACACCGAAAUAGGAUCUUUAAAUAUAUACAGUAGGUCCUUACCUCGAUCUGUCUCCAUUCUUUAUCUUUUUUUUGUAAGUUUGUGAUUUAUAGUAGAUUUAGUUUCAUAUUUCAAUACUACAGCAAGUUGGAGACAUAUGUUAUUGACGUUCCUCUUUAUAAACCGUUGUAUAUUUUAUUACGGCUCAUGAUGGUCUUUGGUCUUCGAUCGUAACAGUAAAGGUCAAAUGACAUAAGAGCAUGAAAAGAGAAUUUUAUUAUGGUAUACCUAACAACAGUAUUUAUACUGGAUAAUUGAUUAACAAUUAUAAAGAUAUCAAGAAAGCCCCCAAAAUCUGUACUUUAUACCAGAAGUGUUUGCCUUUGGUGAAUUGAUAUGUAAAAGAUUAUCUAGAAUAUGAAUAUAUACCAUGUCAUACAUGUGGAUAUUCUGUAGAAUCAUAUUGAGGCACAUUUUAUUUCUCAGCUAUUUGUCAUCAAUAAAUAAAACAUGUUGACCAUAAUUCAUGCCUAGUACAAACAUGGGUCUUUGAUAAUACAUUUAGUUUUUUUUUUUUUUUUUUUGGGGGGGGGGGUAUAUUAGUUUGCUAUUUGACUGAUAAAGUGAAACCUGUAUAAUCAGACACCCUUCUAAUCUGAUUCCUUCUUUAUUUCACUCAUCUUGUGUUUACUAUAUGUACUUUAGGUCCACAGACUUGUGAUGAAAACAUCUAACACAAAACCUUUGUAAUUAAGACAUUAUAUAUAUAUUCUUAAUGGUUUCCAACAAAGUGUCAGAUAAGACAGUUGUCAACACGUGUGUUUGAAAUGUCAACAUAUUUGAUACCGACGGAUUAUGGAUAAAGACAUUAACAUUUGAAGUUAGACAAUAGUUAGACAAUUUUAUUGUUUGUGGAUAUUUAUUUAUUUUAUAUCUCUUUAAUGUGAUUUUUUUUAAUGAUUCAUAUUGCUCCUAUUUAUUAUGCGUUCCACGAUCAACUGUAAUUUUUCAAUGUUAUAAUUCUGUUUUUAUUAUCGUCGUUAAUGGAAAACAAAAUAUUCUAUAUAUUUUUUCUACAGCUGUUUGUGAAGUUUACUUUAUGAGUUGAUGUCUGUGAUUGAUUUUUGUUGUUUUUUUAUUCACACAAUACACGGUUUUAUAUGUACAUUGUACCUAUAUUUAUAUAAUAUAUAUAUAGAUAUAUUUAUAGCUGUGCACAAUGGUCUUUGUGUAUAGAGCUGUUACCUAAAAAAUAAACCUAUGUUGCUGUGUUAAAAA